AUGCAGCGCGAUCCUCCGACCCCAUUUGCUCGGUACCCCAGAGGCUCCCGCCCCGUCGCUACGGGAGCGAUUGCUGCCAGGGGCGGCGCUGGCGAACCCGAGGUCGUCCGCGGCGGCGGCCGAUGCGCAGGAGAGCCGUCCGUGUACCCGUCGUGGCUGUUCGGCGAGUGGGAGGUGCGGUCGCGGCCCGUGGCCUUCGGCGAGCCCCUCGGCGCGCGGUUUGUGGACGCGGAGACGCGCAGGGCCAUCCGCGGCGACGUCGAGGCCGGCGCCGAGGUGGCGUGGAGGUCGCGGUUCUACUGGGCCGGGGCGCCCGCGGCCGCGCCGGGCCCCGUGGUGCAGUUCCGGGCGUUCAACGCGGCGCAGGAGGUGCGGGCCUUCCUGGGGCGCGGCGGGCGGCAGGUCAUCGGCGAGGGCGACCCGCGGGAGAGGCCCGUGAGGGUGCUGGUGGCGUACCCCGUGGAGGAGGGGGAGGCGGCGUGGAGCUGGUGCGCACCGUGCGCCUGCGCCUCGACGCCGCGCGGGGCGAGCGCGCGGGGGAGGACACGUUCCUGUCCUCCGAGCUGUUCCGGCAGGUGA